UUUCUCUCUCCCGGUGUCCACCCCUGGCCCGGGCUGUCCCUUGGAAAUUCUGGAAGUAAACCUGAAGAAGGGGGUUCCGCGCAAGGCCAAUCUUGUCUGCGGUGUGUGCAGUGGGGUUGUUUUUGAGGGGGUCCCUUUUCGAAGUCAAGGUUGGGUGAGGGUUGUUGAAGAGCCUGUAAUUCCGGUACGAGGCACGAAUCCACGAUGCGGUGUGUGUCAAAUAUCGCUACCGUUUCUGAUGUCUUUUUUUUUCUCUUUCGGUUUUCGUAUGCUCUUUUCGUGUGUGGCCCGGAGGUGGGAGAUUUCCGACGGUCAGAGUUGCUCCUCUCGGUGAGGAUAGGAGGGCCAGAGAAUGAGGUUGUCGUGUGCCUGUCUCUGUCGCUGCCUCUCUUUCUUUCUUUCUUGGUUCGUGUGUGUUGUGUGCGUGUCUUUGCGCCUUGUUUCGUUCCAGAUGAUUUCAAACGGAUAGACUCGAUGUCAAACGUCGUUGCGAUUGAAACAUGCGUUCGUGAUCAACAGGAGUAAUGCCGGAUAUGAGACAUGUGCCGUCAGGUGCUCAAGCCUAAAAGAAGAGAAGACGCGUUCAGGUUAGAA